GACUUUCUUGACCACGGUGUGGGUAAAAGAGACUAAAAAGGAACUGAGAAAGAGGAAGACAUGCCCAUUUCAUGAAACUCUCAUCAGAGACGAAAAUGUCGAUGGCUGUCCUCGCUGUUGUCUCAGUGUUUUGUCUCGGUGUCACUUCAGUAGCUGGUCAGCCCAGAGCCGACAUCCAGGUCAUCUCCUUAUAUUCAGCUGUCUCACCUGGAGAAACUGUUCGUAUCAUGUGUAGCGGGACGUUAGACCAAAGCAGCUAUGUUUGUUUAAGCAGAAAUGGUGUUUCCAUCAUGAGACGGUACAAUUCCGGCUAUAUCAGUGUGACCUUCACUCGUUUUAUUGUGGAUGUCUCUGACACAGGCAGCUACACAUGUGGCCCCUGCUAUAGCUUCUACAAGAGCAGCUAUAGCAAGAGCAGCGCCAUUGAUAUCACUGUAGUUGUACUACAGAAGCCAAGUCUUUCACUGGAAACCAGCAGAGAGGUUCCUUGGGGUCAGUCUGCCCAGAUGAGAUGCUCCAUCUCCACACAGCACCAGGGUGGUACAUUCACCCUACAGCAACUCAAUGGGUCAUUUACAGAGACAGUGGAAGACACUGGAACCUCUGCCAAUUUCAUCAUCCCUCAAGUGGACUUUACCCACGAAGGAGCUUUCUAUUGCCAGUAUCAAACAAGGGUUUCCAGACGUAAUUUCACUUCCCCCCAAAGUGAUACUAUCAGCCUCUCUGUAAUAGCCCCAGUGGUGCUUGUGCAGCCCAACAUCUCUCUCAGUGCCCCAGAUGGAGGGCUGUUCUGGGGUCCUCAGGGGCCAGAGGUGACCAGGGGCCACAGCCUCUCCCUCAUCUGCUCUACUGAGCCACAGCACCAAGGAGGCUCCUUCCACCUCAUCUUUGAUGGGUCUAACAGCACCAGGACUCAGCUCGCCAUCAACCACUCAGCCUCCUUCUACAUUCCUGAGGCAGACUACUCUGACGAGGGCAACUACAGCUGUGUCUAUGAGGUCACUGUGUCCAGCCGCACUUUCAAGUCAAGACAGACAGCACCACUGACAGUCAUCGUAAGAGCAUCUCUGGCUCCCAUCAUUGCAUCUGGAGUGAUUUCAGGAUUGUUCCUACUUUUGCUGAUCCCUGUCAUUCUCUACCUGGUGAAGAAAAAGAUGAACACUGUGGCACACAGUUCUGCAAACAGAUAUGGAUUUCACAAUGGAGCUGUUGUACUACAGAAGCCAAGUCUUUCACUGGAAACCAGCAGAGAGGUUCCUUGGGGUCAGUCUGCCCAGAUGAGAUGCUCCAUCUCCACACAGCACCAGGGUGGUACAUUCACCCUACAGCAACUCAAUGGGUCAUUUACAGAGACAGUGGAAGACACUGGAACCUCUGCCAAUUUCAUCAUCCCUCAAGUGGACUUUACCCACGAAGGAGCUUUCUAUUGCCAGUAUCAAACAAGGGUUUCCAGACGUAAUUUCACUUCCCCCCAAAGUGAUACUAUCAGCCUCUCUGUAAUAGCCCCAGUGGUGCUUGUGCAGCCCAACAUCUCUCUCAGUGCCCCAGAUGGAGGGCUGUUCUGGGGUCCUCAGGGGCCAGAGGUGACCAGGGGCCACAGCCUCUCCCUCAUCUGCUCUACUGAGCCACAGCACCAAAGAGGCUCCUUCCACCUCAUCUUUGAUGGGUCUAACAGCACCAGGACUCAGCUCGCCAUCAACCACUCAGCCUCCUUCUACAUUCCUGAGGCAGACUACUCUGACGAGGGCAACUACAGCUGUGUCUAUGAGGUCACUGUGUCCAGCCGCACUUUCAAGUCAAGACAGACAGCACCACUGACAGUCAUCGUAAGAGCAUCUCUGGCUCCCAUCAUUGCAUCUGGAGUGAUUUCAGGAUUGUUCCUACUUUUGCUGAUCCCUGUCAUUCUCUACCUGGUGAAGAAAAAGAUGAACACUGUGGCACACAGUUCUGCAAACAGAUAUGGAUUUCACAAUGGAGCUGUUGUACUACAGAAGCCAAGUCUUUCACUGGAAACCAGCAGAGAGGUUCCUUGGGGUCAGUCUGCCCAGAUGAGAUGCUCCAUCUCCACACAGCACCAGGGUGGUACAUUCACCCUACAGCAACUCAAUGGGUCAUUUACAGAGACAGUGGAAGACACUGGAACCUCUGCCAAUUUCAUCAUCCCUCAAGUGGACUUUACCCACGAAGGAGCUUUCUAUUGCCAGUAUCAAACAAGGGUUUCCAGACGUAAUUUCACUUCCCCCCAAAGUGAUACUAUCAGCCUCUCUGUAAUAGCCCCAGUGGUGCUUGUGCAGCCCAACAUCUCUCUCAGUGCCCCAGAUGGAGGGCUGUUCUGGGGUCCUCAGGGGCCAGAGGUGACCAGGGGCCACAGCCUCUCCCUCAUCUGCUCUACUGAGCCACAGCACCAAAGAGGCUCCUUCCACCUCAUCUUUGAUGGGUCUAACAGCACCAGGACUCAGCUCGCCAUCAACCACUCAGCCUCCUUCUACAUUCCUGAGGCAGACUACUCUGACGAGGGCAACUACAGCUGUGUCUAUGAGGUCACUGUGUCCAGCCGCACUUUCAAGUCAAGACAGACAGCACCACUGACAGUCAUCGUAAGAGCAUCUCUGGCUCCCAUCAUUGCAUCUGGAGUGAUUUCAGGAUUGUUCCUACUUUUGCUGAUCCCUGUCAUUCUCUACCUGGUGAAGAAAAAGAUGAACACUGUGGCACACAGUUCUGCAAACAGAUAUGGAUUUCACAAUGGAGCUGUUGUACUACAGAAGCCAAGUCUUUCACUGGAAACCAGCAGAGAGGUUCCUUGGGGUCAGUCUGCCCAGAUGAGAUGCUCCAUCUCCACACAGCACCAGGGUGGUACAUUCACCCUACAGCAGCUCUCUGGGUCAUUUACAGAGACAGUAGAAGACACUGGAACCUCUGCCCUCUUCACCAUCCCUCAAGUGGACUUUACCCACGAAGGAGCUUUCUAUUGCCAGUAUCAAACAAGGGUUUCCAGACGUCAUUUCACUUCCCCCCAAAGUGAUACUAUCAGCCUCUCUGUAAUAGUGGACCUUGUGCAGCCCAACAUCUCUCUCAGUGCCCCAGAUGGAGGGCUGUUCUGGGGGCCUCAGGGGCCAGAGGUGACCAGGGGCCACAGCCUCUCCCUCGUCUGCUCUACUGAGCCACAGCACCAAGGAGGCUCCUUCCACCUCAUCUUUGAUGGGUCUAACAGCACCAGGACUCAGCUCGCCAUCAACCACUCAGCCUCCUUCUACAUUCCUGAGGCAGACUACUCCCACCAGGGCAACUACAGCUGUGUCUAUGAGGUCACUGUGUCCAGCCGCACCUUCAAGUCAACACAGACAGCACCACUGACAGUCAUCGUAAGAGGUUCUGCAAACAGAUAUGGAUUUCACAAUGGAGCUGUUGUACUACAGAAGCCAAGUCUUUCACUGGAAACCAGCAGAGAGGUUCCUUGGGGUCAGUCUGCCCAGAUGAGAUGCUCCAUCUCCACACAGCACCAGGGUGCUACAUUCACCCUACAGCAGCCCAAUGGGUCAUUUACAGAGACAGUGGAAGACACUGGAACUUCUGCCAAUUUCACCAUUCCUCAAGUGGACUUUACCCACGAAGGAGCUUUCUAUUGCCAGUAUCAAACAAGGGUUUCCAGACGUAAUUUCACUUCCCCCCAAAGUGAUACUAUCAGCCUCUCUGUAAUAGUGGUGCUUGUGCAGCCCAACAUCUCUCUCAGUGCCCCAGAUGGAGGGCUGUUCUGGGGGCCUCAGGGGCCAGAGGUGACCAGGGGCCACAGCCUCUCCCUCAUCUGCUCUACUGAGCCACAGCACCAAGGAGGCUCCUUCCACCUCAUCUUUGAUGGGUCUAACAGCACCAGGACUCAGCUCGCCAUCAACCACUCAGCCUCCUUCUACAUUCCUGAGGCAGACUACUCACACCAGGGCAACUACAGCUGUGUCUAUGAGGUCACUGUGUCCAGCCGCACCUUCAAGUCAACACAGACAGCACCACUGACAGUCGUCGUAAGAGCAUCUCUGGCUCCCAUCAUUGCAUCUGGAGUGAUUUCAGGAUUGUUCCUACUUUUGCUGAUCCCUGUCAUCCUCUACCUGGUGAAGAAAAAGAUGAUGACUGUGGCACAGAGUUCUGCACACAGAUAUGGAUUUCACAAUGGAGCUGGUGAGACACACGAGGAAGUAGAGAACAUAUAUAGCUACGGUGUCCUGGAGGAAGACUGAAUGUAGAAUAACUAUGUGGCCCCACUGCCACAGGCAAUGACUAUGAAG